GCCGAUCUUUUGUUGUGUGGGUUGCGAGGUCUUCGGGAUUGACACUGUUCCGCGGGCAUCAUGGUGUUUGUGACUCUCAAGUAUAUAAUCAUUGGCGACUCUGAAGUUGGCAAGAGCUCUCUCCUUCUACAGUUUACAGAGAAAACGUUUGCUGCAGUCCAUGAUCUCACGAUCGGCGUCGAGUUUGGUGCCAAGUUGUUGGACUUGGACAAUCGAAAAGUCAAGCUCGAGAUAUGGGACACCGCUGGCCAAGAAACAUUCCUGUCCAUCACACGUUCGUAUUACCGUGGUGCGGAUGGCGUGUUGCUCGUGUACGACAUUGGAAAACGAUCGAGCUUCGAGCACCUCGGUCGAUGGUUGCAAGAAUGUCAGCAGAACUGCAUGAAUCCGAGCUUGGAGAUCAUGGUCGUGGGCAUGAAGGCCGAUAUCGCAGAUGGCCAGCGCCAAGUCCCAUACGACGAAGCAGCGUCCUGGUCCGCCAGGCACGGUCUGCACUUCAUCGAAGCAUCGGCAAAGACUGCUUUGAAUGUCGAAACAGUAUUUGUUGAGACCGCUACCACUAUCUUGCGCCACUUUGACGAUGCCAACCAAGCUCGGAUGCAAGCCAACCACAAGGUCCAGCUCAACGCGGCAAGCUCCCUCGCUACACCCACCACAAACGAAUGUUGCAACCAAGCCUAGUUCAGCUAUAAAUUUGUACCAAAAAAUAACGAAAGCACUUCUCGUGCGCAACAGUCGUCUGUGGCCUUGGACGAACUAUCGGC